UCAUCGUCAGGUUCAAACUUCUGCUGCUCUUCUGGGUUUUCAAUUACAGUGAAACCAUCCCUAUACAUGUGAUGGGAAAAAAGGGAGGCAGCGUCAUCCUGCCAUGUGAAUUAAAGGCCAGAGAUAUUUUUCAUAUUCGUUUAAACAGACAAUCAAAAAACAUCCUUGUUUAUCAAAAUAAAUACUGCAGUAAAGGAGUAUGUAAAAAAGAAGCCUGUGAUGUCAUCAUCAAUGAUUUGAGCUUCAGUGAUGCUGGGAAAUACAUUUUGGAUAUCUAUUACAUUAAUGCUGAGUCAAUACUGGAUCCACAAAUCAGGACGUACCAACUUCAUAUUUACGAUGAUAUUUUUGUGAAAAUAGGUGAAAGGCUAAAGUUGGAUGUUUUGUUGCCAGAUGCUCGUCAAGUUACGCAUCAAAACAAAAGCAGCACAGAAUGGAAGAAGAUCUGGAAGAGAGACAGCAAGAAAAGAGUUAAAAUAACACACGAUCGACUGAACGACACUGAUGGGACUCUGAGCAUUAAAGAGUUUACGGCUGAUGACGCAGGAACAUACAGAGUUCUGGGUUAUGAAGGAGAAAUCCUGAUCACAGUGACAGUCACAGAUGAGAAAAAUUCAAAGGGAAAACUGAACGACACGGAUGAUGACAAAAAACAUAAUCACUGGGGUGUGUUCGGGCCAGCGGGACUGUUUGUGUCCGCUGUGUUUGCUCUGCUGUUUCUGAUUCUGAGUGCUGCCAUCAUCAAAAAGAUGCAGUGAUGCAUGAAACAUCUGGACAGAGGUUUCUGCUCAUCUGUCUUCAGAGUUAAAAGAUCUGCAGAGGAUUCUGUCAACAUAUUUCUGCAAUAUAUUUUUCAUUUACUGUAAACACUGUAUUUGCAAAACUAGUUCCAAAAAGGUUGUGACGUUGGGUAUAAUAUAAAUAAAAA